AUGUGGAGACCGAUAGGUCUGAACAGACAGUAAACUGAAGACAGCACCAGCUCUGAGGCUUUAGACCAAGAGACACACAGUCAAACACCUUCUGUCUGCUCUGCCUGUAACCAUGGCAGCCGUGGACAAAGAUGUGGCUCAGAAGUUUUUGGAUAGCAACCCAGCUUUUGCCAAGCAGUACUACGACAAGACAUUCCGCCCCAAGGUCAUCUCGGACUUGUUGUCAAAUGAUAAGAAGCUGGGGGUUGAUAUGAGUCGUUUCCAUGAGCUGAGUGCAGUGGAGGAGAGUGACAUCAUGUUUGACCUGAUGAGGGACAUCCAGGACAACGUGCAGAUGGAGAGGGCUAUCUUCAACCUGAUGAAGCACCUCUCCUUCAUGUUGCGGUCGGACAAGAUGAGCCUCUUCAUGUACCGGCAACGAAACGGCACGGCCGAACUGGCAACCAGGCUAUUCAACGUGGACAAGAGCUCCUCCUUCGACGACUGUCUGGUGCAGCCUGACAGUGAGAUCGUCUACCCCCUGGACACGGGCAUCUUGGGUCAUGUAGCCACAACCAAAAAGAUGCUCAACGUACCUGUUGUCUCUGAGAGCCCCCACUUCAGUGAAUUUGUGGACACCUUGACCGAGUAUAGCACCAAGAACAUUCUGGCUGCUCCCAUUAUGAAUGGCAAAGACAUGGUGGCUGUCAUGAUGGCCGUCAACAAACUAGAUGGACCCCACUUCACGGCAAAGGACGAGGAGACUUUAAAAAAGUACUUGAACUUUGCCAACCUGGUACUGAGAGUAUUUCAUUUGAGCUACCUCCACAACUGCGAGACCAGAAGGGGACAGGUUCUGCUGUGGUCAGCCAGCAAAGUGUUUGAGGAGCUGACAGACAUUGAGAGACAGUUUCACAAAGCUCUCUACACAGUUAGAGCUUUUCUCAACUGCGAUCGCUACUCCGUGGGCUUACUUGACAUGACCAAGACCAAGGAAUUCUUUGACCUCUGGCCUGUGCUGAUGGGAGAGGUCCCCCCUUACGAUGGGCCCAAGACUCCUGAUGGCAGAGAAGUGAUCUUCUACAAAGUCAUUGACUACAUUCUGCAUGGCAAGGAGGACAUCAAAGUCAUACCGGGCCCUACACCAGACCACUGGGCCCUGGCCAGCGGCCUGCCCACGUAUGUGGCCGAGAACGGGCUGAUCUGUAACAUUAUGAACGCAGGCCAAGAUGAAUUCUUCAACUUCCAGAAAGAACCUCUAGACAGCAGUGGCUGGACCAUCAAGAACGUCCUUUCACUUCCUAUUGUCAACAAAAAAGAAGAGAUUGUGGGUGUGGCCACCUUUUAUAACAGGAAAGAUGGGAAACCCUUCGAUGAAAUGGAUGAAACAUUGAUGGAGUCUCUUACCCAGUUUCUGGGAUGGUCGGUCCUGAAUACAGACACCUAUGAUAAGAUGAACAAGCUGGAAAACAGGAAAGACAUCUUCCAGGACAUGGUCCUCUACCAUAUCAAGUGCAGAAAGGACGAGAUACAGAAUGUCUUGAAUACUCGGGAGAGAUGGGGCAAGGAGCCGAAUGAGUGUGAAGAGGAGGAACUUGAAGAGAUCCUGACUGAGGUGCUCCCCAACUCCAAGAAAUCCGAGAUCUUCGAGUUUCACUUCUGUGACUUUAACCACAGUGAGCUGGAUCUGGUCAAGUGCGGCAUUAAAAUGUAUUAUGAGUUGGGAGUGGUGGACAAGUUUCACAUCCCUCGAGAGACUCUGGUGAGAUUUAUUUACUCCCUCAGCAAGGGCUACAGGGCGAUCACCUACCACAACUGGAGACACGGUUUCAACGUGGGGCAGACCAUGUUCACCUUACUUAUGACAGGUGACCUGAAGCGUUACUACACUGACCUGGAGACUAUGGCCAUGGUGACUGCAGGGUUCUGCCAUGACAUAGACCACCGAGGCACCAACAACCUCUACCAGAUGAAGUCUGGCAACCCUCUGGCUAAGCUGCACGGUUCCUCCAUCCUAGAGAGACACCAUCUGGAGACCGGGAAGACCCUGCUGAGAGAUGAGGGCUUGAAUAUUUACCAGAAUCUGAGUCGUCGUCAACAUGACCUGGUCAUCCACUUGAUGGACAUAGCUAUCAUUGCUACUGACCUGGCUCUCUACUUCAAAAAGAGAACGAUGUUCCAGAAGAUAGUGGACCAAUCCAAAACAUAUGAAAACUGGAACGACUGGACUAAAUACAUGAUGCUGGAAACGACUCGCAAGGAGAUUGUGAUGGCAAUGAUGAUGACAGCUUGCGAUCUCUCGGCUAUCGCCAAGCCUUGGGAGAUCCAGAGCAAGGUGGCGCUGUCGGUGGCUGCAGAGUUCUGGGAGCAGGGUGACUUGGAGAGAACAGUGCUGGAGCAGCAACCCAUUCCCAUGAUGGACAGGAACAAAUCAGCGGACCUUCCCAAGCUGCAAUGUGGUUUCAUUGACUUUGUGUGCGCUUUUGUCUACAAGGAGUUCUCACGUUUCCACGAGCAAAUCACGCCCAUGUUGGACCGCCUGCUGAACAACAGGAAGGAGUGGAACGCCCUGAAGGAGGAACACGAGGCCAAGCUGGCCGUCCUGGAAGAGGCCAAAAAGGCCAAGGAGGAGGCCGCCACUGCUGCCAUGGCAGCCAAACAAGCGAGUGCAGCCCAGGCUUCUUCACAGUCCAAGACCUGCGUCAUAAACUAGAGAAACGGCCUGCUAGUUGGUAGACACUGCUGGAUUGAUGAGGUUGUGUCAGAAUGGGUACAUGAGCUAACCCUACUGCAUACGGGUGCACUAGUUGCCUGAUGUCAAGCAAAGCCUAGUCAGUGUGGUAGGAAAGGUGAAAUUC